CCGCGGGCGGCCAUGUUGGAGCGGCGGGUGCGGCGCAGCGGCGGGCGCGGGUCUGGCGGCAGCCGGUGUCAAGGGUUAUUUUUCCAGUAAUUUGGACCUUUUUGAAGCACCUGCUUGCCUAAUGCCAUGAAUAUUGCAGUGAACAAUGAGGAAGAAAAAGCUGUCCAUUCCUGGUCAAGAAUUUCCUCUGCAGGACAGAAAGUGCUGGAGGAGGCCCUCCGAGUCUUCAACCCGAUGUCCAAGGACCUUUCAGACACAGAGACCCAGCUGGUGGCCUUCAUCCAAGGCCUGAAGGAGGAGGGCUACCAGCCCACAAUUCUGAGGAGUAAGGAUGUGUACGGGUAUAGCUCGUGCACAGCAGUCACACCAAGUCAGACAGAAGACACACAACGCAACUGUGCCAGCACCACUGAGCCCAUUCAGAGUCCAGCCAGGAACUCAGUGGCAAAAGUGGCCCCUUUGCCCACCAGCAUUCCAGUGAAUUCUUUGAAAGUCUCCAGUCAGUCAGUCUCCAAAGGGGACUCCACAAAUCUCCUCUUGAGCUCCUUGAAGCAGACAGGAUCUGGCACAUCCAAGCCAGCAGCAGUGGGCUUCCCUACAAGCAUGUAUCCUGAUGUGUAUCCAGCUGUGAGACUGUCGGUGGUUUUGGAAGCUCUGGUGCCACUGAAAACUGCAACAUCCUGUUUGGAGUCCAAGUACACACAAGGGCGUCUUGGGAUCUCUCCCUCAGACCUUAAACUCCUCAAGACUUCAAGUUCACCAAGGCAGUUUUCUUCAGGCAAGAGCACUAAAACAACCGAAAGCAAGGGGUACAAGCGUUCAGUUAAGAAAGCACCAGAUUCUGCCACCCGUGCUUUAAAGCUUCUGAAGGGACCAAAGGGUGGAGUGCUGCAGGAGAGCAAUGCCUGCAAGGCCUCUGGAGUUCUCAACGGGAGAGUCACAGGUAGCUCAUCCCAGGACUGUACCACAGCACCACAGCCCAAGACCUUGAAAAUCAAAGAUAAGGAAGCUGUGUUGGGAAAAACAGAGUGGAAGGACAGCAGCACUUACCAGGAGAGCACUGGGCAGAAGAAGAGAAGAGCUGAGGAGGCAAAAGAAGCACCACAGAGGAAAAAAGCAAAUACCAUUCCUGUUCGAAAGAAAACUCAACAGGCUCAGAGCACUUUGAACCUGCUGAAAUUCCGGACCAUCAAGGUGGGCAACUCUUCCUCAGAUGAUGAAGUGAGGAGGAGAGCACAGAAGAUUCUUAGGGUCAACCUGUCCCCUGUGAUCCAAAUUCAGCCUUUGUCCUAUUCUCAUAGUGUUCCUUGAGUUUCUUCACUUUGUCACUUUUUUUUGUAAGUAAGUAAAUACAAGCCUGGCACCAGAGCGCAGAGAGGUUUCGGAGUGACUCUGUGUCUCUGGUGCCAAUAUGCCAACUAACCUGCAGACAGAGCAGCCCACUCUCAUGCUGUUCCUGCCUGUCCACCACUGCUCUGUAGAACUUGCUGCAGAAAUCCAAACCCCUAUUUGGGAGUGUGGGACAGUGACUCUGGCCAGCAUCGAGCUGAGCAGGCUGGAGAGAUCACUUCCCACCAUGCUCCCCUGAACGUGGCAGGCUGUGCUGUUGUGCAGGGGAGAACACAGGACUUUCUCAUGACAUUGAUGCACUGUGAUAUUGCUCUUUUUCAAGCUGUACAUUUACUGGUUUUAUUUUGAUCAAAUUUUAUAACUUUAUUAUCUAUAUAUCUAUAUAUCCAUAUAUGUGCAUAUGGCCCAGGAACUGUGGGAAGAUGCACUUCCUCCAUCCCUUUGGGAUUGGUUUUGAUAGCUUUUGUUCCUUUUUCCCUUCCACUAGUCUUUUGUUGAAAGGUGACGGGAUUCCUUUGUGGUUCAGUGUUGUGAUAAUCUGUCCUGAGCUGGCUUGAGCAGCUCAGAGGCAGCAGCGUUGUAACCACUUGUUUGUUUCCAGAAUGCCAAACAAUUUGGAGAAUUACCAGUUGGUAGUUUUAAUCCUGUUUUUGGUAUUACCUCUGCAUAACAAUGGGGGAGUGUCACAGGGCUACAAGUCUGUCUGAUGUUUUUAGGCACCUCCUCCCUUCAUAGGUAGCAGAAGUUUUGAACUCAUGGUAGGGAUUUGCCUCUGAAGAGGAUUCCUCCUCAGCACCCAGCAUUACUCUGCUCUCCUCUACCCCAGGUAGCAGCUAUGAGUCAUGAACUGUGACUGUUAGAGCCAAAGGGCUGGAAAUGUUUGCAAGAAUUGUGUAGUGUCCUGUCCACCAUGUGACUACUUUGCUGUUGCUGAUUGUACCAGGAGCGGAUUCCAGGUGCCGGUAGAGAAGACUGUUGGUUUUGGCUGGAGUUAAACCACAAUAGAGGCACAGGCUGUGUUUGAAUGUAUUAGCUGCAUCCUGCCAGUCCCAGAGCUCAGUGGGAUACUUGAGCCUAAGUUAAAGCAGAAAAGUGAAAUAUUUGGGAGGACAUAUACCAGCACUUAAACAUAGAGAGUCGUUUUCUAUGGUUUGUGGGGAUGAAGCAGUAGGAGGAGAGAUGGGCACCAUGCUGUGGUGGGUGGCAGCCUUGGUGUGCUGUCAGGCAUGUUGUGAGAAGGUGUAUGGCAGGUGUGAGAGCUCUGUGUGGAAGGAGUGCAGGCUCUGCCAUCCGCAGGAGGCACUGCAGAACCACUGUCACCUCCCUGCACCAGGGGCAUGCUGUUGGAUGGGAACACAGUUCUGCGCUACACAGGGAGGGAUCUACUAAUCCCAGGAGAAACACCUCAUUGGAGCAGUUAGUGCUGCUGCUGUCACCUGGAAGGGACAACCUGGUGGUCUGGGGAAAGGGAGAGGUGUUGCUCUGGGCUCCAUACAGCACUGCUGUAUGCUCAGAUCUCUGCAGCUGUAGUGUAAUCCACUUAUUCUCUCACCAGCUCAAAAUACCAGUUGUCUGACUUAGUAAUCUCUGUGAACAUUGGCUGAAGGGAUGAGCUCCCCAUAGAAGUCUCAGCUCCUUACAUUUAAGCCCCACCUCCCCAAGCACCUGGUUGGAUUUCAGUGGUUUAUAAGAAGGGUUGGUGUCUGAUCCCCAGUGCAGAAAGGAAGACUGUGGUAUGGAAAGGAGAGAGGAGGUUCAGGAUGCGGUGAGAGGGCAGGGAAGUUGAGCAUUCUAAGGUGCUUCUGAGUUCUCUCACCCACAUAAAACAGGGUGGAGGUUGUCUUUCACUGAGCAACUUUUUCUAGUGGAAAGUGUCCCUGCCCAUGGCAGGUUGGUUGGAAGAAGAUAAUCUUAAAGAUCCCUUCUAAUCCAAACCCUUCUGUGAUUUUAUGAUUCAGGGCAUGAUUGCAAGCCUUGAACCCCACUCUUGGGUUCUGAGUUGCUGUCAGAGGUCAUAACUUGCAGUGUUUGAGACUGAUCUGUGAAUGCCGCUGCUUGGCUGCCGAGGAGGAGGAAAUAUUUUCUUCUGCUUCUGUGUUUUAAAGUGCCCUGGCAGAGAGUUCCCUGUCCUGACCUGGUACUGGAUGAACAGGGGCUCUCCAUCACUGUCAAUUGGCCAAAAAUUGCUUUGUUCCCUUUGUUCCCACUCCUUCAGACCUUUCUUAUUCCCACGCUCUCAAAUGCCAGGUCUUGAAGUCCUGCACUGGUGUUUCUCUUUUGGGUUGUUUCCCGAGGAAGGCUCAUGAACUUCUGCCUGUGGUAUUGGUGUCAGGCUGCUCAGCAGCUUCCCCAUUCCCAGACCCUUAUAAGGGCACUGAGAGCUGUCUUUGGAGCCUCCUUAUGCAGCACAGACGUCCCAGCUGAGCACUUGGCCUCCGCUGGGAAAAACAACAUGCCUCAACAAAGCUGAAUCCAGGUCGAGGUCACUUUUCCUCCAGCCUGAGUGGGAAGCUGAGCAUCUGAGACCAACUUACCAGGCCACAUCCCUGCUCAUCACUGUGUGUUCCCCCAGCUGCACUGCUGCCUGCCUCCCCACUCUUUUCCAUCACCUCUUGUCUUUCACAGCUUGGGUCUCUGUCAGUCAAGGAUUUGAUUUGUGCUGUUGCUUAACACAUACAGCACAGCAUCCAGCCUUAGUGCUGCCAUGCCUUUCCCAGCACUGAACUGAGUUCUGUGCAUGCUUGGUAAUGACAGUUUGCCCUCUGUCCUUCCCAGGCCACCAGCAAAAGGUUUUCUGCUCCACAGGGACAGACAAGCUUUGGAAAAGCCUCUCUGUCACUGAGACUCCUUCUAGGGAAGUGAGCACUUCAUAGCUGUGUGCUCAGGGACUUGCUCAUUACUCAUUCCAUCUCUGUCAGCUCUCCUGUACAUCUGUAACAGACAACAGGGCAGUGCUGGACCUCCAUUCUCUGCCCUCCUGUUGUCUCUUCUUCAUCUUGCAGGUGCUUGGGGAAUUUGACUGAAAGGAUUGCAGGUUGUUAUAGAGGAGCUUUACAGCCUCUGUGCCAAUGCCAGCAACUGCUGCCCAUAUCAGCCAGUACUGGUGGAGGGGGGUUUCUCAGUGUGGCAUGAGUUUGCUCCACCAUCCUUCGACUCAUGCCCAGAUGAGGAUGCUCCUGAUGUCCUAGGCAUGUAACACUGAUGUGCACGAGGCUGCAGAGGAGCUCUGUGUGGAGGCUGCUCUCUGCUCUUUAGGGAAGAUGAAGGGUUUGAUCAAACCAGAGCUACCUACCUAAGACCUGAUCUAAGAAGAGGUCUCCUCCCAGGUCCUCUCUAUCUUGUGUUAUUCUGUGGCAGCUGAGUAACACUUCUAGGGAACUGUGCAACAGUAACUGGCAGGGCCCAUAGAAAUGCAUUGCCCAGAGCACUGUGGUCUCUGCUGAGCCUGUGGUAUGCCCCUUGUUCAGACCUGUUUCUGUAUUAGUCACUUUGAAUUCAUCCAAGUGCCUAACCUGGCCUGUGUUGUUCUGGGCACUGUGACAGCCGAGAGCUUUGGAGACUCUCUUAGGAAUGCUUUUAACUCAUGGAUUUGUGCCACUGUCACUUGGAGAAACGAUUCGGCUAGCAGUCAAAAGGCUGUUCUUCCAACUGAUUUUUUUGGAAAUAAUUUCUCCUUUUAUUCAUUUGCCAAGAAGCAGUCUGUGCUUCCCCUCCACCAGACAAAGUCCUUGAGCUUCCUGCAUGCUUCAUAUGUCCAUCAGCAAGUCCAUGGGGAGAGUAGCUUGUCCAGCAGGCAGCUGAAGCUGACAUCAGAUACCAUUGAAAUCACAAUGUUAAUUAGUAGAAAUGUUCUGAUGCUCAUGUCCACUGUGAUCAGAUUUCACCAUCUGCCACUUCUUACAAUUGUAGAAGUUUCUCCUCAGCCUCUUCCCUGCAAGCCAUGUAGCGUGUUGCUGCUGCUGCUUCUAAACUAUUUGCAUCCCCACUGAGCCAGCUGCUGUAGCAAUCCUGGUGCAGAAUUUCUUAAACACUUUUUUGCAAAAUAUGAAGGGAUUAUUUUGUUACUCCUUCUUGGCAGCCCAUGAGUGGUAUUUCAGUGUGUGGAGGAGUUGUGCUCCCUGGAGUGCUCACCUCACUGGACAGCUCUCAGACCAGUUCAUACUAACAGGGCGGGGUUAGUGUGAGAUCCCCCACAUUGCUUGGUGCUUCCUUGCAUGGAGUUCAGCAAGUUGCCAGCUAAGAACACGAAAGGGGAAUCGGCAGCAGAACAGCACAGAUGGGUGAUGUGGCUGCAUGGUCCUGCUCCACAGCUGCCCAUGUUCUGCACCCUGUCCUCCAGGACCCCAGGUACACCAGGAGCACUUCACCCUGGCUCCAGCUGUGGCAAGAGAGGCUGGGAGGCUCUGGGUUUAGGAAUUGAACACAGAGUUUGUUCCCUUUUAAUUGUGAUUUGUGCUGUGUUCAUGGCCAAAACUUGGCAGCAUGUGGGGGGUACAGCCACCCAGAAGUUCUUUCCCUUUGGAUCCAAGUUCUCUGUCCUGUCUAGGAGCUGGGCCUUUGGCCAUGGCUCAAGGGGUCCCUGGGUAUGGAGAGCAGGUUUGUGUCUCAGCUCCAGCUGGGCAGUGUGACUCAAACUGGGCAGCUUCCCAGACAGGAAGGCAUAUUUCAGUGGGAGGAUCCUUCUUUUUGGCCGUGGUUGGCAGGGUCAGUUCCGAGCAGUGGAGCACUGGCUGCUAAGCCAGGCUGGUUGGCUUGUGUGGAAGUGACAGUUUCUUCUUCAGUCUUCAAAAUGUCACUGGCCUCUGUUCUAGUGCUCAGAUAGGGAUGACCUUACAGGAACUGAGGUGGCUCAUGGAGAGGACAGCAGUUUCGGGAUAUCUGGCACCUUCCUGACAAUGCUGCAGCCCUCAGCUUUGCCAGCUGAGUGGGCUGGCACUACCUGUGGAGAGCACAGCAAGGCAGGAUGCUCCUGAGCCCUCACAUCCAGGACACUGCUAGAGAGCACCAUGGUAGGGUUUCCCUCUCCUUGCAGCCUGUUCUGCCUGGAACUAGGUGCUGUUAGGAAGGUGCCAGGUAACUUGGAGGAAUCUUGUCCCAGAAGACAUGAAAGGCCAGCCUUUGUCACCAGUUCAUCCUUGAGCUGGAAUGAAGCUGGAGUGAAGUUGGAAUGAAGUUUGUCUGUAGGUGUGACACUGCUGGAACUUGCAGGCUGGCCAGCAGCUGCCUCCAAAGCCAUGGUGCUGAGGCCAGACCCCUCCCUUCACUUAGGAACACCAAGGAAGUCUGUUGAAAAAGUGAGAAGCUGGGAGUAGGGAAAGCUAAAGAUGCCAGCAGCACCUAGACAGCCAGCAGCCUGCAGCUUCUGUGUCUGCUGCAGGAGAUGUGCAAACGGAGGAGCCAAGGCUGUGGCAUUCUGCAGCACCAUCUUCCCUCCAUCCUUGCCCACCCACAGAGCUUCCCCUGCUCUGCCUGGCAGCAGUACACGGACACUGGUGCAGCAGGUGAGCAGGAGUCCUUUUGGAGCAGCCCCCCCCCCCCCCCCCCCAAACCCUUCAUUUCCACCCUUGGUCUCACAAUCUGGCAAUGCUCACGUGGCCUCUGAAAUACCUUCCCCAGGGAGUCCCUUAAAGGCCUUAUUAUCCUCUGGGACUCUCUCCUUAUUGUCUUAAUUAGCCUCUUCCGUUCCUGUGGCUACAGAGAGCCCCUGUGAGUUUCUGGUGAUUCCUGUAGACACAGUCAGGCACAUGGUGCUGUUCUAAGAGAAGGUGCUGCAAAGCUACCCUCAGAAAUACCUCCCUUCCUGCCCCUGCUCUGCCGCACUGCCCAGGGCUGGGUUGGGACAAAACGAGUAUUGGUGUUUGUUCAUGGGGGGGAAGGCACCAUAUGAUGCCCUCCCUCCUCCUGGGUCCCAGUGCAGCACUCCUGAGGAGUAGCAUUUCCUGAGCAGAGGCAUGGCAGCUGCUCUGAGUGACACAGGGGCUGUGGGUGGGCACUGCACGGUCACUUGUGCUACUCUCUGCUAGCCAGCAUCUCCAUGAGAGCCAUCUCCACACCACAGCAUGACUGACCUGCUCCAGCUGAGGCCAUGCCAUGGGAUCCACUGUGGCAUUCCCUGGUGUUUGGGCAUCCCAAGCAACAGCUGGGGAGCAGCAACUGCAACCCGUGGAAGGGCAAGUAACAAACUUUGUAUGAUGAUUUUACAAAUUACCAUCUUGUUCUUACGUGAACUUUUUACCGUUUCAUUUGUUUGUGUAGAAUGUUUCUGAAGUUCUAAUAAUAUUUAAUGUUAAUAUGAAGCUGGGCUGUUCCACACUCAGUGUUGUAUAUUUUGGAAUGGCAUUGCUUAGUGAAAAGACAUCAUUAGUAUUAUUCCACUCUUUGUAAGGGAAUGGGACAAAAAACAGACUGUCUUUUUUCUUAAACGAAGUGAACUUUUUGUUAUGAAGUCCUAGCAGGUGUCCAGCCCUUCAGUAAAAUGGUGCUCAAAACCA